AACCGUUGAGUGGAUUUUUCAAUAUACAUAAUUCUAGUGUAAAUGUGAUGAUUCACUCUGUAUCACAUUGACUGGAAAUGAAAGUGAAAGUAUCAAUAUCAUGAAGGUGAAAGUUACUAACGCAGUUGAUUCCUAGCAGAAUUACAACCAUAACCGUCUUGGUUUGGAGGCAGACAGAGACGAGAAGAAUAAAAUGGGUAAUUCAGUGUGGAGACAAGGUCCAGACUGGAGCGAAAGAGAUGCGAUGAAAACAAAACUAACGAAAAUGGAGCCAAUAGGUGUGGACAACUUUAACAUUAUGUUAUAUGGACCAAUCGCUGCAGGGAAGUCCAGCUUCAUCGACUCAGUCAAAAGUGUCUUUGUUGAUCAUGUUGCUGUCAAUGUGUUGGCACAGGCUCACACUGACCACAGCUGCACCCAAACAUACUCGGGACACCGCAUUGAACAUAAAGGUUCAGCUUUGCCUUUAGUGAUCUAUGAUGUCAUGGGCAUAGAAGAUUCCAUGGCUUCAAAAGGGAUGCACAGUGACGACAUUGUUAAUGCUCUCAAGGGACACGUCCGUAAUGGUUAUGAGGUAACAGUUCAUGUAUUUCUCCCAACACCACCACUACAAAAGAUGAGAGAUAUCAGGAAGCAAGCUAACAAACUUGGCAUUCCUCAAAUUGUGAUUCUGACCAUGCCAGAUCUGGCUUGUCCAUAUGUGGCAAAUGAUCUAAAAUACAUCUUCUCAAGCAAAGAAAUUAAAACAAAGGUGGAUCAUUGCAGCAAUGAACUGGGUGCCCCAUUGAACUGCAUCUUUCCAGUGAAGAACUACCAUUCAGAGACAAAACUGGACAAUGAAAUUGAUGUACUUGUGUUGGAUGCGUUGAUACAUAUUGUGCAGGCAGCUAAAGACCAUCUCUGGUCCCUCCAACAUUCAGGUCAGGCAGAUUGAGAGGCUUUAAGCCUACACACCUUAAAAAGAUAAUGCCAGUCAGUCUUUCCAAACUUACAGUCAUUGAUUGAAGUAGUUAUUAAGUGAACAAAGCAUUAACCAGUUGCAGUUUUGGUCUGUUGCUCAUACAAUACAUAACAUAUGACCUACCAAAUAAAAUGUAGCUUUAUAUUCACUAUGA